CGUCCCUGGGAUCGGCGAACCUCUGUGGUAUCCGUGCUCGGCCUUUCGUCGAAUAUGUGAAGGGUGGUUUUGUGUUCCCGUGUAAAAGGGGCGAAAUUCUUUAGUCUCUUCUCUCGUCCGUGUCGUCCGAUGUCGGGUUAGGACUGGUCGGCGAGGUCUAAAAGCGUCUGCGGGUCACGUGACCCUAAGUGAAAAAUGGCGCAAAGACGGACUGCAAACAUGGAUCCGUCUUGAUAAAGUUAUGUCAUUUUGUUUUUGUUUACUAUCACCGUUUUGUAGUAAACACGUGAGUUUUUUUUAUUGUUACAACUAGUCGGGAUAUGUCGGCGAGGGGCGGAAAGAGGAGGGGGCGUCCCCCGAAGUCCGUCGUCAUGGAAAGGCCUAAGAAAUUCCAGUAUCAUUUGAUGAAAAAGCCGAAAUACCUCCUUGGGCCGAAUAACGACGGCAAGGGGUCGGAGACGCCCAAUUCGCAGACUUCGACGCCGACCGCGUCGAGGGCGUCGUCGCCUUUCGGCAGCGAAGGGAGCCGGAGGAGCUUCAGGCCAAGAGGGAGGCCGAGGUCCGUUAGAGGGACGAACAGAGGGAGGCCGUCCUAUAGGCGCGGCUACAACACGGACGUCGUCGACUACAAGGACUCCGAGUACCACUACGGCUCCGAUUUCGGCGAAGACUCGAGCGGGAAGAGCGACCACGAAGACGACGUCCUCUCAAAGAGCAACAGCGAGUCGGAGACGGCCAAAGACGACCUGAGCGACAGCGACUUCUCCCUGUCGAGCUACAGCACCGCCAGUGGGGCCACGCGUAAGUCAUACAGCUACGUCCGCAACCCCAGCCCGAUUCCCCUCUGGCUGCAGGACGUCGAGCUUCCACCAUUGGAGCUUCCCAAGUCCUCCGAUGACCUUCUCAUCCCGAGAGAGCUGAUCAUGCAGGCCCUCUCUGUCUACGAGGUCAUCAGACACUUCCGAAACCUAGUGAGGCUGUCACCAUUCCGCUUCGAAGACUUCUGCGCCGUCAUGAUGUGCGAGGAGCAGACGUACAUGCUCGCUGAGAUACACAUGAUGCUGUUGAAGGCCGUCCUGAGAGAAGAGGAUUCACAACAGACCCACUUCGGACCUUUGGAUCAGAAAGACAGCGUCAACAUAUCUUUGUUUUUUGUCGAUUCCAUAACCUGGCCCGAAGUGUUGAGGAGCUAUGUCGAAAGCGACAAGAGCUUCGACCAAGGUCAAGGCCUCCUUGACAUCCUCACCAAUGUCGAUUAUCCCUUUACCGACGUUGAAAAUCGUCUUAAAGUGUUGCAGUUCCUCACAGAUCAAUUCCUUAUAACAAACCCGGUCAGGGAGGAUCUAAUCCACGAAGGUAAAACGGCGUCUUGCGCUUUUCGGAAAGGCGUUUCUAAGACUUGUCUGUUUUUUAAAGGGAAUUUCACAUACGACGACCACUGUAGGAUAUGCCAUCGGGUAGGCGAUUUGCUCUGUUGUGAGACGUGCCCUGCCGUUUUCCACCUCGAGUGCGUCGACCCUCCUCUCCAAGACAUUCCGACUGAAGACUGGCAGUGUGGCAUCUGCAGAGCUCACAGGGUAACCGGAGUGAACGAUUGUAUUCCCGAUGUUGAAAAGUCUGGACAGUUAUGCCGACAGGAGCAUUUGGGGUUCGAUAGGCAUGGACGCAAAUAUUGGUUCCUCAAUCGAAGGAUUUUUGUUUAUUAUUGCAGCGAGAGUGAAGACUCUUCUGAGUGCUGGUACUAUUCGAGCCCACAGCAAUUUGAACUACUUUUGGAAACUUUGGACAGCGCAAAUUAUGAAGCAGCCCUCUGCCAGGAGAUGCUGGACUUCAAGGAAGAAAUUAUCAGGCAGAUGAACAUAACGGAAAAAAUUACAAAUCAGGCCAAAGGCAAUAGAAAAUCCUACCUCGAAGUGGAAUCACAGGCAAUAGAGAAGAAAAGAAAAGAGAAAGAAGAGAGGGAAAAAUACGGCCUAACACAGGAUAUGGACAUGAGUACACAGAUGAAUUCUACUGAAGUUACUUCUGAAGAAAUUGUCGAAACAUCAGACACAAAUGCACAUUCACCGAGAUCAGGCUCCCCUUCAGAAGGAGUCGGAAAAUCAGUGGAAGAAACCGAAGACGAUGAAAACGAUGCUGCAAAAGCUGGAAAGAAAGCGACAAUUGUCACCCGGUCAAAAACAGGAGCGAUACCACCGAAAACAUAUACGGCGGAUUUAGGGAAAAAAGACAAACUUGAUACCAGCGACAACAGCCGGUUAACAAGACUUAAAGCUCACCAAAUUGCGACAGGAACACAUUUAUUCAAACUUGGCAUGGAAAAUGGCUUUAAGGGUUAUAACAAUCAAUUCAGUACAAAUGUUGCUGCUCUCAAUAAACCACAGAGAAAUGAAGAAAGGGAUAAAAUGAGGUAUCUUUCUCAUAAAUUCAGCCUUACACAAGCCUCCUCUUUCAAAUGGGCAGGGCCUGUUCAUGGCACAAAGAAUCAGUUACUUUCUACGGUUCGGCAGACACUUCUCCAGCUUGAAAACGCCAUGCCAGCAUCUCUAAUGCAUGUAAACUGGAACCAAGUGAGAAAACCAUGGGUCUCAGCUGUGGCUUCUUGCACGACCCCUAAGGAUUUCGCUAGGGCGAUUAUUGUACUGCAAGCUUGCAUGAAAUCAUCGGUUUAUGCUCCAGUCUGGCAUGAACAACUCGGCCAUAUCCGGUUGCAAAGGAUAACUGCAGCUGAGAGGGAGGAGAGGAAAAGAAACGAGAAAAAAGAGAAAAAGGACAGAGAAGAAGAAGAAGAAAGGAACAAACUGACAUUUAAUUUUGUAAAAUAUACACUUGGCCUAAAACAUCAGGUUUGGAAACAGAAAGGGGAAGAAUACAGGGUGCAUGGUCGUUGGGGUUGGCAGUGGCUCUCUAAUGUUAGGAAUUAUAAGUUUCUCGACUGUCGGACAGUUGGACUGAGAGCAGGCCCACAAAAAUACAUGGUGCAAGUACGAGAUGAUCAGGGGCUUAAGAUCCUUGCAAUAGAACCUUCGAUAUACAAGUACCUUAUGGAGAGGAAAGACAAUAAAGAUAUUGCACCUCCAGAUAAUAUAAACCAAUCUUUAGAAGCAGCAAACAUAAAUUUAAAUAAUUUAAAAGUUUAUCCACCUAUAUCAAAAUUUGAGGAGAUAAAUAUAACGAAAGCUUUAACAACACCUGGUAGGCUCCACUAUCCGAAGGUUGCUAAGAAAUCUAAAUUAGAUGAGUUUCUUCAAAGGAGAACACACCUUAAAAUAUUAGAAGAAAGACAAUUGGCCCAAAUUGUUCCGCCUAAGACACCCGGAGGACCUGUGCUUGACAAGGAUGUCAGGAGUGUGCUGACUGCGAUAGGCAGGAGAGUUGCAGUCAUCAAAAACCAAUACGCUGCUUUAAACAAACAGUGCAAAUUGUAUAGGUGCUAUAGUAUAGAUUGUGAUAGCCAGAACAGCCAAGGCUGUUACUCUCCAGUAUGUCUUCAAAGGACUUCACUCAGAAAAGAACUGCUUAUGCUUCUUCGCAAAGCUAACACUGCAAGGAGUAAUAGUGCAAAUUCUGAAGCUAUAUCACCAGUCGAGUCUAAAUCUGAAGUAAAAAAGGAAAUCAAUUCUGUCUCAGAGUCUAAAUUGAGUACGGGUACAGAGACAUUGAGGGCUGUACUCGAGGGAAGGGUCGAUAUUGACAAAAAGCCCAAGUUGGAACUCCCCGCACCUGUCAAAAUCGAAAAAGACAUCAAAAAUGAAAAUAUCGAAGUCGAUGUGACAAACCCGGAUCCGGUCGGUGAGGUGGUUAAAUCUGAAGGGCACAACAACUUUGUAGUCAAGCCUGAAAUUAAACUGGAAGAAGAUGAACAAAAUAUGGAGGUGUGCAAUGAGAUUGAAAUCGGCACAUCAGAAGUCGAGGAUGUAAAAGAGGAAAAGCCUACUGUCACAGUGACAGUGACAACUACAACUACUACACAACACACUACCACAGUAGUUCGAGGACAGGUCAAAAUGACAGAGUCGUCACAGACCAUCACUUCAACAACUACUACGACAGCAAGUGAGGGAGGAAUAGAAGUUAAGAAAGAAGAAAGCGAUAUUGUAAACACAAUUAUAAAAAGUGAACAAGGGACAACUACAACAAGUGUUUCAGCAGCUCUUUCAACUACGACUGCGGUUAAAGAUGAAUCAAAUCGAAUUUACUCUGCAACAUCUACUAAAGGAAAAGUGUACCUGAAAAAAGUUGUGACAGCCGAUAAACGGAAAAAAAGGACCCAAGUGAAAUACCCAAAAUGUUCUACAUUUCACACAAAAAGCAACAAGAAAAGUUUACUCAUACUCCCUCAGCACGAACUUUCAAAAUUGGCGCGACUGAGUGGUAAAUUCCCAGUUCAAGGGUUUAACCAUAUGGCAAAAUACACGCAGACCAAUUUGGCGACUUGGCCAUACCCCUGUUCAAGGCCUACAUUUAAAACCUGUUGGCUGUAUCGUACCGUGAAUGUCAAGACUUUGGCUGCAGCUGGUCUGCAGUUAAAAACAAUGUGGGCAUGUUUACGCUGGGACGAUAUGGCAGUGAAACCACCGACUAGUGAUGGAAAACACCAGAUUACAACAGAAACCGAAAUAAUGACCACGGAGAUAUUGAAACAUCGUAAUCUUGGCGCUUUCUUGGAAAGAACAGAGUACCUUAUGAGAAAAGUUGUCAUACCAUUAGAAGUGCCAAAAACAAUUAGGGAAGUCCAGUCAAUCAGAACCGGUUUGAGGAAAAGGAAAAGAGAAGAAACACCCCAAAAUACAGAGCCUCAAGUGACAGAAGAAUGGGUUGAUGAAUCUCGACUAGAACUUUGGGAAAUUAAACAGUAUGGCGAAAGGUUGGAGAGGGCAGCUGUUCAGCAGUCUAUGGCAAGGACGAGGAGUUCCACCGGAAACCUCCCGAAAGAUAAGGAAAAGCCUAAUGUUGAAGAGAUGAAGGAAAAGUUAGAGGCACAGCUCAAGUUACAAAGGGCUGCCCAUCAGCAAAGGAAAGGUGCAGCUGCGGCUGCAGCCAAUAAUGCUAGUGCCUCAGUGACACCUGAUUCAACCAAGACACCCACUAAUCAACAUGUGAUCAAAUUUGUCCCAUCUAGUAGUGGAGACACCUAUAAAGUUGUUACUAAGGUUGCCAUCCCUCCAACUCCAACCACUGCCACUAAAAGUCCCCUAACCUCUCUUUUAACCAAUACAACAUCCACACCAGCCAAUAAGACAUUUGGAACAAGAAGGAUUAUCAUGACAAAAAGUGUUGAUGGUACUACACGGGUUGUAACUGGCCCUUCAAGUAUAUUGCCUAAAGCUAGCACUGUUCAAAUGGCAACUCCUGGCCAACCAUCACUUGUAAAAUUACAAGGAACUCCCGGAACACCACAACAACAAAGGGUUCAAAUUACAAAAGGCCCCGAUGGAAAGUACCAAGUCAAAGGACUGAUGCCGGGCCAACAAUUAGUUCAACUCUCUGACGGCAAGUUGCAUGUGUUGAAUACAGCAACCACCCCAAAUACGAUUACAUCGAUUGCAACAACACAGUCUGUUAACACGCCUGUAAAGUCCGGGCCUCAACAAGUGACAGUUGUCAAAACACCACUCAAAGCAGGCACGCCUGCUAAACAAGUUGUGAUAAAGCAAGUUCCUUCUUCUUUGGUGCAGAAAGUUGGCAAUGCGAAUGUCGUCGUGACCGGAGGUCAAGUAUUAACACCUGGACAAAUUGUCGUCCCAGCUAGUGGAAAUGCCACUCAGUUUGUGGUCAACAAUGCCAACCUUGCCCAGCAACUGGCUUCUGGCAAGGCGACUUUAGCAACCCUCAAUGGUCAACAGGUGUUGAUAAGAACGACUGGCACCUCAGGAAACAUAGUGCUCAAGUCGCCUACACCAGGACAAACACUUGUCGCAAAAUUGCAGACACCACAGUCUGUCCCUACAAAAUCUGUUGUUACAACAUCCGGGCCUGCAACGGCAAAGACUGCUGAUGACACAGGUUUAGCUUCUGAAGCAAGUAAGGGAACAGUAGCAACCACAGGAACGGUUGCAACUACAACAUCUACAACAGCACCGACCCAGACAUCAGUCAUAACGCCAUCAGCGGAAGUCAAACAAUCAGUACCUGAACUAACAGUACCUGCAACCACCACUACCACUGUCCAGGUCAAAAAAUCUCCAGAUGAACAGGAGAAUCCAGCAGGACAUCCUCCUGGCACCGUCAUCAAGUGCAUAACAGCACAGGUGAUACAAACUGCUCAUGGGCCGAGGAUUGUUUUACAAGGUCUGACAGGGUCCAAUUUCUCUCAACAGCAGCUUGCAAUAAUUCAACAGCAAGUUAAACAGCAGUUGCUUAAAGCUCAAGCAGAGGCAGGAAAUCAGGGUGUUCUCGGUCCAACGAAAAUAUACAUUGCAGUUCAGCCUUCUCAGACACCACCAGUUCCUGAAAAGGAAGCACCUGUUGCUAUUAAAGAGGAAACACCUGAAGUGCCUAAGUCGCCUGUGAAAAAAACAGUCGUAAAGCAAGAGCCUGUAUCACUGCAGAUACCUCCAGUAACACCCACAAAAUCAGUUGUAAAUGGACAACCAACAGUAACGGAACAACCAGUGGCACAAGUUGCUAAUGCCGUGCCGGCCACAAAACCGUCACCCCCCGGAAGUAAAUUUGUCCUCACACCAGAUUACAUCCAACAAACGAUUAAAAAUGCUCUGAAGCAGGAAAACCUUAAUCCAGAAGUAGAAGAGAAACUGAUAAAACUUCAGAGGUACCAAGAAAGACAAAUGAAAGAUGACGGGGCUCCAAGUGCUGUAGGACAAACGAGUGUUGCAACUGCGCCUGUCAUUCAACCAACUCCUACUGUAAACCAAUCGAAGAAACGACCUGCUUCACAGGAUUUAGAAUUAGAAUCUCCAAAGAAAAAAGUAAUCAAAAUGGAAUCAAAAGAGGGAAAGGGAGCUGUGAAUAAUAAGAGCAAGAGCAAGUCUCAAGAAGACAAAAAAAAGCAGCAACUUCACUGUAAGCUACUUUUACUCCUUUACCGACAUAAAGAGUCAUUGAAGAAAGAUAUCCUAAAGAAAAGGGCUCUUCUUGAAAAAGAACUCCAGGUUACUAUACAGAGUGAAGUAGCGCAAGAAAUUGCUACAAGAACAAAGGCCGAAAGGACUAAACAGGAAGAAGUGAGGAUAACAGGAAGUAGCAAACGGAAAUCUGGAGCACUUCCUGCGCCAGUUCUCCCUGGCAAAAACAAAGCUAGAAAAACUCCCAGUUCUGCACCACCACCUCAGGUCAAUCCUACCCCUCCUGUGCUCAACCACAGGUCAAAGAAAGAAAAACUGCUUUGUAUAUGUCGGACACCUUAUGAUGAAACAAAAUUUUACGUCGGUUGUGAUCUUUGUAAUAACUGGUUUCACGGUGAUUGUGUUGGCAUCACCGAGGAGAUGAGCAAGAGUCUUACAGAGUUUGUGUGCAACGAAUGCAAACACGCCCGAGAGACUCAAGAGCUCUAUUGCAUUUGCAAACAGCCAUAUGAUGAGUCCCAUUUUUACAUAUGUUGUGACCGAUGCCAAGAUUGGUUCCAUGGAAGGUGUGUCGGAAUUUUACAAUCUGAGGCAGAAAAUAUAGAUGAAUACAUCUGCCCAAAUUGUCAAAGAAAUUCUAACAUAAACUUUGCAAAUAUGAAAAACUUAGCAACAAAAGAUUUUGAACAAUUGAAAAAGCUUAUUAAACAAAUACAGUCACAUAAAAGCGCCUGGCCCUUUAUGGAACCUGUGGAUCCAACAGAAGCGCCGGAUUACUACAAAGUCAUCAAAGAACCAAUGGAUUUGCAGACGAUAGAGAUGAGGAUAAACCAGAAGCAAUAUAAAAAGCUCACUGAGUUUAUUGGCGACAUGACAAAGAUAUUUGACAACUGUCGGUACUACAACCCUAAGGAGUCGCCCUUUUUCAAGUGUGCAGAAGCCCUGGAAUUGUUUUUUGUAUCAAAAGUGAAAGGGUUGAGGGAUAAACUCGUUGACGGGAAAUAGUGAGGCAGUCAUACGACUGCUGUGUGCAGUGCAUAUCGGAUAUUCGAUUACUGAUGGGUUUUUCUUUUUUUUCUUUUUUUUUUUUGUAUUUUUAAAUUCCCACCUUGAAAUGUUGAACCAAAGUGUGACGACUCCAUGGGACAAAUUUAUAUCUCUAUUAAGAUUUUGUAUAAUAGUAUCAUAAAGCAAAAUGACAUACAUUUCAUUAUCAAAUAUUGAAAGCAAUACACAAUUUGUAUUGUUUGAUAUAUAUUUUUUUGUUUUUUUGUAUUUUCUUUUAAUCCCUAGCAAAAAGUUUAAAAUGAGAAAAAUGAAAAUGACAAAAACUUUUUAUCCGUAAUGUAAAUAUGUUUGCUAUGGGUAAAUACUUGUAUAAUAACUGUUUAGAAUAGAACAAGAAAAUAUUAGAAGGACAUUCAUUUAUUAAAUUAAGAGUUUUGUUAUGAAUACAUUGUAAUAUAUUUUUCCUGUGUAAUUUUAUAUACUCAAUAUUUUUAAUUUUUUUUUUUUUUCGUUUUCUAGGUCAUUAAUUUGUUGUAACUGUCGAAAAUGUCUUUUUCUUAAGUUAAAAUUGUACAGAAUCCUUCGUCUUCUGUAAAUAAGAGCAACACGAAACAAACAAAAAAUCUAAAAGAAAAAACUAAUGAUAAUUUACAAUCUUUAGUAUGCGAUACGUCAAGCAGUUUUAUACGUAAAUUUUCAUUAUACUGUAUAAUAAAUUAAAUGAUGGAAAUAGACAUUUUUUUGUACUAAAGUGUGAGUACACAACUGUAAAUUAUUAUAAAUACUAUUUAACUCGAAUUAAAUUAUUUUUCAAGUUUAGUUUGAAAGGAGAUGCAAAAAAAAACAGAAAUUUAGGUCUCAGUCUAGAUAGUAUAUUAUCGAAAAAUGGAAUAAAUUAUUUUUACCAGUCUUAUUAAUUUUGUUUAUUAAAUUAAUUAUUUAUAUGCAGCGUAUUUCUUCAGUGACAAUCCCCAUCAUGUCAAACUAUCCUUUGGAAAAAAAAUAUUGUGCGAAGAAUAUAUAUUUUUUGGAUAAUCUCGUAAAUAAAUUCUCUUUACUGAUUGAAGAAAAAAUCACAUUUAGAUGUACUGUUCCUUUGACUUUUCAUUGUAAAUAUAGCUUUAUUAUUUUAA